AUGCAGCAGACACCGCAAUCAGCAGCAGCAAGCGCUCCUGCUUCUACGCCCCAUUCCCCAGCAGCAGCAGCAGCAGCAGCAGCAGCAGCAGGUGCAGCAGCACCAGCAGCACCAGCAGCAGCAGCAGCAGCAGAACAGGAACCGUCGCGGACAGCUGAACCGUCGCGGACAGCUGUACACGUCAAUCCUGCUGCUGUGCAACCGAAACCUGAACAGCAGCAGCAGCAGCAGCAGCAGCAGCAACAGCAGCAACAGCAGCAGCAGCAGCAGCAACAGCAGCAGAAGGAGAAUGGAGUUAUUCACAGGCGGAAGCAACUGUAG